UUUCAACACUACUAUAUAACAAAUAAUUUGAGCAAGGUUUCUCCCUUCAUCUGAACAACAUGGUCGUCAAAAUCGGAAUCAAUGGAUUUGGACGUAUUGGAAGGCUGGUAGCCCGAGUUGCUUUCCUUAACCACGAAGAUGUAGAGCUGGUUGCAGUGAACGACCCUUUCAUUGAUCUUUCUUACAUGGCGUACAUGUUCCGUUACGACUCCACCCACGGACAAUUUCCUGGAGAAGUGAGCACGGACGGAGACAAGCUGUGUAUCAACGGGAAGAAAGUAAACGUGUACUCUUGCAUGAAUCCUGCUGAAAUUCCCUGGGGUAAACAUGAGGUGGACUUUGUGGUAGAGAGUACUGGUGUUUUUACUACUUUGGGUAAAGCUGAGGCUCACAUCACAGGAGGUGCUAAGAAUGUUCUGAUCUCUGCACCCUCUGCUGAUGCGCCUAUGUUCGUAAUGGGAGUUAACCAGGAAAAAUACACUUCUGAUAUGAAGAUUAUUUCUAACGCAUCUUGUACCACCAACUGUCUCGCCCCUCUUGCUAAAGUCAUCAACGAUCAUUUCGGUAUUGUUGAGGGACUUAUGACUACAGUUCACGCUACUACUGCCACCCAGAAAACUGUUGAUGGGCCCUCUCAGAAGAAAUGGAGAGAUGGACGAGGUGCUGGACAGAACAUUAUCCCUGCUUCAACUGGUGCUGCAAAGGCUGUUGGCAAGGUUAUUCCGGAACUGAACGGUAAGCUGACCGGAAUGGCGUUCAGAGUUCCCACCCCUAACGUGUCAGUAGUUGAUCUGACUGUCAGGAUUCAGAAGUCAGCUUCUUAUGAUGAGAUCGCUGAAACUAUCAAAACUGCCAGCGAGUCUCCUGAACUAGGACGUUACCUUGGAUACACUGAUGAGCAAGUUGUCAGUUGUGACUUCCUGGGGGACACAAGAAGCAGCAUCUUCGACAAGAACGCUGGUAUUGGUCUGAAUGAUAACUUUGUCAAGCUGGUGUCUUGGUACGACAACGAGUACGGCUACAGUAACAGAGUCGUAGACCUCAUUAAAUACGCCAUGUCCAAACAGUAAACACUGUGACGUAACUGUGACGUCACACCACGUGUUGUGUCCAAACAG